AUGGCAGUCCUCAAGUUUUUCAUCGCAAUUCUUCUUUUGAGCCUCAUUAACAAGGGACUAUGCGCAUGUAAGGUGAACGAUAAGAUCCAAAUAAGUACAGUACGAACAGGGAAAGAAGUAAGUGGUAAACCAGAAUGGGGAGUGAAAGUGAUCAAUAACUGCAAUUGUGCUCAGAAAAAUAUAUUUUUAAGAUGCAAGGGAUUUCAGAGCGUUGAAAAUGUUGACCCUUCACUCUUUUUACCAAGUGCUGAUGGUCGAUGUCUUGUAAAAAAUGGCGAACCAGUGGCACCUUUUGACAACGUCAGCUUCAACUAUGCUGGGGACCCCUUUUUUUUCCUUCCUUUGUCAUCAGUAGAUAUGUGCAGUUGA